UUCAAUCGAUAAUACUUCUAAUAUUUAUGGGGAAAAAUGCCGAAGUUACCGGCCCAGGUCCGCGGCUCCUGGCUAUGGCUACCGCGCAUACUACCUAUAUAGUACCAUGAAUUCUCCUAUAUUCCCUUGAUACUCUUUUCUCUCACUCUAUAUACCUCUAAGCCAUUCUUGUUUCUCCUCGUUCCACUCCCAUAGUGACCAUGAAGCUCUCAAUCCUCUCCUUGGCGUCUCUUGCGCCCCUGGUUUCCGCCCACUUCAAGUUGAACUACCCUACCAGCCGUGGUUCCAGUGAGGACAAGAUGAACCAGUUUCCCUGUGGUGGGAUGUCCCAAUCCUCGGAGCGCACCAAGAUUUCCCUUUCUGGGGGUGACUUCCCUGUCGCCUUGACAAUGGGCCAUGCUCAGACAGCCGUGGAAGUACUUCUCGCUCUUGGGAACGACCCUGGCACCAAUUAUAACAUCACUCUCCACCCGACUUUCCGAGUGGAGGGCUUGGGAUCUUUCUGCCUUCCUAAUGUCACUUUCGAGGAGUCCGUGGUCGGCGUAAAAUUGACGGAAGGGAUGAACGCAACGCUGCAGGUGCAGAGUAACGGUGACCCGAGCGGUGGUCUCUACGCGUGCGCUGACAUUCAAUUCACGAACACGGACUACUCCGAACCUUCUUCUUGCUCGAAUAAUACCGGUGUUAAGGCGACCUCAUUCCCCGAGGAUGCAGCAAAGCGCAAUGCCAACGAGUCUACUGCUGAUGGCAAAGCACAAAGCGGAUCGUCUACUUCUUCGUCCUCAACUACUUCCUCCGGUAGCGCUACUUCUACUGCUGGUGCGGUCGCUCUGGAAACCGCCGCUUGGGGAAUGUUGGGUGCCGCUGUUGUCGGUGGAAUUGCUAUGCUGUAAACCCUGUCCUAGGUGGGCCUUUCCCAAAAUUUGGGUGAAAAAAAAUGAGCCGGUGGCUCUUUUCCUUUCUCUUCCUUCUUUAUCCUCUCUAUAUAAGGAAGAAAAGAGCUUUAUGGUCAUGAGUGAUGAUUCUGUUGUCCUGUGAUAAGUUUAUUGUAUAUAAUUUAUUUCUUUACAUCCUGCAGCUAGCCACAAA